CUAUAUAACCCCAGGGGAAUUCACAGCCUGUGUCUAGGCUGCUCAUCCUUCUGGCCCUUGGGACAUCCCCACCGCACCCACAGCUGCUGUUUGCCCACCUGCCUGUCCGCUGAGAAACCAAAAUGGCACCCAAAAAGGCAAAGAGAAGGGCAGCAGCCGAAGGAGGAAGCUCCAAUGUAUUCUCCAUGUUUGACCAAACACAAAUCCAGGAGUUCAAAGAGGCCUUCACUGUCAUUGACCAGAACAGAGAUGGCAUCAUUGACAAGGAAGACCUGAGAGAUACAUUCGCUGCUAUGGGGCGCCUGAACGUGAAGAAUGAGGAGCUGGAUGCCAUGAUCAAGGAGGCCAGCGGCCCCAUCAACUUCACUGUCUUCCUCACCAUGUUUGGUGAGAAGCUGAAGGGUGCUGAUCCCGAGGACGUAAUCAUUGGCGCCUUCAAAAUCCUGGACCCUGAGGGCAAGGGCACUGUCAAGAAGCAGUUCUUGGAAGAACUCCUGACCACCCAGUGCGACCGGUUCACCCCAGAAGAGAUCAAGAACAUGUGGCACGCCUUCCCUCCAGAUGUAGCUGGCAACGUUGACUACAAGAACAUUUGCUACGUAAUCACACACGGAGAGGACAAGGAAGGGGAAUAAGCCCUGGUUUCCCCACCCUUGCUUUGUGGGGGAAUCCACCCAAACACCCCCAGGCCGGGGAGUUUACCUUACACUGGUCCCAGAUGAUCCACACACUUUUGUAACCCAGCAAUACACACGUCAAACCUGUUAUUUAUUAGUAUUAUUAUCUGGGGAGGAAAACUAUACCCCCCAAAGCCAAAGCCGUGCCCACUUCAACUUGUCUUAACCUAACCGGGACCUUCCUCCGUAAAAUGUCUUAAUAAAGAUGAGGACACCUCUGUUUCUAACA